AUGCCUGUGACUCGCGCCGCUGCUUCGCGGAAACUUGCCAUUCGUUCUCCUGCCAGAUCAUCAGUUUCCGUUCGAGCUGCUGCAGCUGCUCCCACGCAUUUCCUCCAUAUUGACGACUUCGAUAAGGAUACUAUCCUCCACAUCCUCAACCGCGCCAAAGAAGUGAAAGCGAUCAUCAAGUCUGGCGAUCGCUCCUACCAGCCCCUUAAGGGUCACACCAUGUCGAUGAUAUUCACGAAGCCCUCCAUGCGCACGCGUGUGAGCUUCGAGUCGGGCUUCUUCCUGCUGGGCGGCCACGCGCUCUACCUGGGCCCCGACACCAUCCAGCUGGGCAAGCGCGAGGAGACGCGGGACAUCAGCCGCGUCAUCAGCGGGUACAAUGAUAUCAUCAUGGCCCGGCUGUUUGCCCACCAGGACAUCAUCGACCUGGCCAAGUACUCAAGCAUCCCCGUGGUGAAUGGGCUGACGGACUACAACCACCCGUGCCAGAUCAUGGCGGAUGCCCUCACCAUCAUCGAACACCUGGGGCAGAUCGAAGGCAUGAAGGUGGCCUAUGUGGGCGAUGGCAACAACAUAGUGCACAGCUGGCUGCGCCUGGCAGCAGUGAUCCCCAUGCACUUCGUGUGCGUCUGCCCCAAGGGCUUCGAGCCCGAUGCCGCCACCGUGGAGCGAGCGAGAGCAGCAGGGAUCAGCACGAUCGAGAUCACGAAUGACCCGGUGGAGGGGGUGAAGGGGAGUAACGUGGUGUACACAGACGUGUGGGCGAGCAUGGGGUAUAAGGAGGAGGCUGAGACGCGGAAAAAGACCUUUCAGGGCUUCCAGGUGGAUGAAGCGAUGAUGGCGCGCGCCGGCAAGGACUGUUUGUUUAUGCACUGCCUACCAGCGGAGAGGGGGGUGGAGGUGUCAGACGGGGUUAUGGAGGCUCCUUACUCCAUUGUUUUCCCUCAAGCUGAAAACCGCAUGCAUGCGCAAAAUGCCAUCAUGCUGCACUGCCUGGGGAACGUUGCCUUUCCUCCCUUCCCGCGUCGUCUGUUUUCCGAUCCGCCCGUCCCAAGCAAAUCGUCGCGACCAAAUCGUCUUCCCCGGAUCUUCUCACUUGAAUCUCUCUCCCCACCGAAUUUCUCUCAAAUCUCCUCUCACCGAAUUUCUCUCGAAUCUCUUCUCCCGGCGGUCGGCGCGAUGGUGCUCGGGCAGCUUCAGGCGAAGUACCAGGAGAUCGAAGGGCGCGCCAAGGCGUGGGUCGCGCGCCAGCCGCCGCCCGUGGAGGUGGCGAUCGUGGCGGCGGCGAGCGCGCUGCAGGGCGGCGCGAUCGGCGCGAUGAUGGGCAGCCUGACCUCGGAGGCGGCCGGCAGCAUGCCGUCGCCGGCCACCAUGCCGGGAAUGACGCCGGAAGCCGCGGCGUCGAUGAAGCAAAUGCAGGCGCUCACAGGGGGGCCGUGGACGCAGGCGCGAAACUUCGCGGUGAUGACGGGCGUGAACGCGGGCAUCACGGCCGCCAUGAAGCGCGCCCGCGGCGGCGUCGAGGACCUGCAGACGAGUGCGGUGGCGGCCUUCGGGUCAGGGAUAGCGUUUUCGGUGGUGAGCGGGGUGGGCGGGCCGGCAGGCAACGCGGUGCUGAAUGCUCUCUCCACGGGCGUCGGCUUUGCCAUCUUCCAAGGGGCCUUCUUCCAGCUGGGCAAGGCAUUCUCAGGCGAGGGCGACGCAGUGCCGUCAGAGUACGUGGAGUCGAAGGCAAUGCUGCAGGAGCUGGGGCUGGGCAAGUACGAGAAGAACUUCAAAAAGGGGCUCCUCACUGACCGCACGCUGCCGCUCCUGAAUGACAGUGCACUGCAGGAGGUCAAGAUCCCUCCCGGCCCUCGCUUGAUCAUUCUCAACCACAUUCAAAGAGCUCAAAGGUGCUAUGGACAAGCACCCUCCAGUGCCAAGCUCAGCAGCAGCAGCAGUGGACCAAUCGGGAUAGGCCACCUGGGGGGUCACCUGGGGGACAGCAGCAGUAGCAGCAGCAGCACUGGUGGUGAAAGCGGAGCUAUGGUCGCGUCAUUCUAA